ACAGUAAAAAUAGUAGAAUUUCCCAUUCUGUGGAAACAGCACAACUCUCCAGUAGUGCGUGUUGAAGCCCUGUAGAUCUCCCGGAGGAAGAGGAUGAACGAGAAACAGCAAACUCGCCUCCUUGAAUCCUCGUCUCGUUUCUCUCCGCCUCCAGGAGUGAGGCUGUCGUACGGCACAGCCGGCUUCAGAGCCGACGCGUCGCUGCUCCAUUCCACGGUGUUUAGGAUUGGGAUUUUGGCCGCACUUAGGUCUCUCAAGACCAAAUCGGUUAUCGGAUUGAUGAUCACCGCUUCUCACAACAAAGUCUCUGACAAUGGAGUCAAAAUUGCCGACCCUAGCGGCGGCAUGUUGUCGCAGCACUGGGAGCCCUUCGCUGACGCACUUGCUAACGCCCCCGAUUCUCAACAUCUCCUCCAGUUGAUAGAUGAAUUUGUGAAAAAGGAGAACAUUGCACUAGAAGGGCGGUCUGCUGAAGUUCUAUUGGGAAGAGACACGAGGCCCAGUGGGGAGGCACUUCUGGAAGCUGCGAAGCAAGGAAUUGGUUCUAUAACUGGAGCUGUUGCAGUUGAUAUGGGAGUUCUAACAACCCCACAACUGCACUGGAUGGUCCGUGCCAGAAAUAAGGGCAUUAAAGUAACAGAAGCAGACUAUUAUGACCAGCUUUCAAGCUCUUUUAGGUGUUUGAUUGAUCUUACUCCCCAAGGAAGUGAAUUCAAUAAGAUGAAUGAAAAAUUGAUCGUGGAUGGUGCCAAUGGUGUGGGUGGAGAAAAACUUGUAGUUCUCAAGAAGAUUUUGAAUGAUUUGGAUAUAGAAAUUCGGAACUUUGAUAAAGGUGGCGUACUCAAUGAAGGAGUUGGUGCUGAUUAUGUGCAGAAGGAGAAGGUUGUUCCACGUGGGUUUGGUCCUCCUGAUGUUGGUAUGAGGUGUGCUAGUUUGGAUGGAGAUGCUGAUCGCCUUGUCUAUUUCUCUGUGCUAUCAAAUGCUAGUGACAAGAUUGAUCUUGUUGAUGGAGACAAAAUAUUAUCUUUGUUUGCUUUAUAUAUUAAGGAUCAGCUCACUGUCCUAAACAAAGUUGAAGGUGACAAAGAAAACAAAUCCUACCAAGCAAGUCUUGGUGUUGUACAGACAGCUUAUGCAAAUGGUGCGUCUACAGAUUACCUGAAACAUGCAGGCUUGGAAGUUGUGUUAACUCCAACUGGAGUGAAGUAUUUGCACGAGAAAGCUGCUGAGUAUGAUAUUGGGAUCUAUUUUGAGGCAAAUGGUCAUGGAACCAUAUUGUUCUCAGAUGGUUUUCUGCACUGGUUGGAGGGAAGAAGUGCUGAACUUGCUUUAACAUCAAAAGGGACAGAACAGGAAAUGGCCACACUGAGACUAUUGGCAGUCAGUAAGUUGAUUAAUCAAGCUGUGGGAGAUGCUUUGAGUGGUUUGCUUCUAGUGGAAGCUAUUUUGCAGCAUAUGGGUUGGUCAAUUCAAAGAUGGAAUGAACUUUAUAAUGAUUUUCCAAGCCGCCAACUGAAGGUCAAAGUUCUUGACAGAACUGCAGUUGUUACGACUAAUGCAGAAACUGUUGUUGUUAAGCCCCUUGGCAUUCAAGAACGCAUUAAUGCUGAAACUGCAAAAUAUCCCCGUGGCCGGUGCUUUAUUCGGCCAUCCGGAACAGAGGAUGUGAUAAGAGUUUAUGCAGAGGCAAACACAGAGGAAGCAGCAGACAAGCUAGCCACUUCUGUUGCACAACUUGUAGAUCAGUUCCUUGGGUUUGGUGGCUCCUAAUUGUCCAUUUGGCUUGCUCACCUCGUUUUAAAACUAGAUAUGUUGUAUUUUUCUUUUUCUUUUUUUUUUUUCUUUUUGCGUGCAAGAAAGAGAGAGAGAGAGAGAGAGAGCUUGAAGGCUUCAAGGGCAAUGUGCCCAACAUCUUGAAUUUUUCUGGAUAAUUAAGAGCUUCUUGACUACAACGAUGGUACCAUAUUCUGUAAUUCAAGGUUAUUGCACUUUUUUGGGGGGAGGGAGAGUUACAGAACCCAGUUCGUGAUUUGUAUUUAGAGAUUUCAUUCCUACCACUUGUCUAACACAUGCUGAGCAGUGGGCAUUGAGAUCUGGUUUUACCGUUCUGUAAGAUGUUUUUAACUUAGAUUGAAGUACUGCAUGAUUAUACUGUUGCCA